GCCCCCAGCCCGCAGCCCCCGGCCCGCAGCCCCCAGCCCGCCUCAUGCGCGGGGUGCGCAGCCCAGGGACGCCGCGGGGGUGAUGUGAGCAGGAGCCCGGCAUGCCGUACUUGGACCGACAGAACCGAAUCUGUGGGUUCCUGGACAUCGAGGAGAAUGAGACCUGCGGGAAGUUCCUGCGGAGAUAUUUCAUCCUGGACACCCAGGCCAACUGCCUCCUGUGGUACAUGGACAACCCUCAGAACCUGGCUAUUGGUGCUGGUGCUGUUGGAUCUCUGCAGCUGACCUAUAUCUCCAAGGUUAGCAUCGCCACCCCGAAACAGAAGCCAAAAACUCCCUUCUGCUUUGUCAUCAACGCUUUGUCUCAGCGCUAUUUCUUACAAGCCAGCGACCAGCAGGACCUGCAGGACUGGGUGGAGGCGCUGAACCGGGCCAGUAAGAUCACGGUGCCAAAGGGUGGCAGUGUCCCACCAGCCACGGAGAUUGCAAAGCCUCCAGUGCUGCCCCAGGCCCAGGAGAGGAAGCCCCAGGUGGCCUACAAAACUGAGAUCAUCGGGGGGGUGGUGGUCCAUACUCCCAUCAACCAGAACGGGGGGGAUGGAGGGGAGGGCAGUGAGGGGGUCCCCCACCCUCUGCUGCGGCGCUCACAGAGCCACAUCCCCAGCUCAGGGGCCAAACCCCCCACGGGACCCCCAGUCCUCAAGAGCGGCUACUGCGUCAAGCAGGGGAACGUGAGGAAGAGCUGGAAGCGCCGGUAUUUUGUCCUGGAUGAAUUUUCCAUCAGUUACUACAAGUGUGAGCAGGACAAGGAGCCCCUGCGUGCCAUUCUCCUGAAGGACAUCUGCAAAACCCACGAGUGCCUGGUCAAGUCUGGUGACCUCCUGAUGCGGGACAACCUCUUUGAAAUCAUAACCAACUCCAGGACCUUCUACAUCCAGGCAGACAGCCCUGAGGACAUGUACAGCUGGAUCCGAGCGAUCUCAGGGGCGGUCCAGGCUCUGAAAUCCCGCCCCAGGGAAAUGUCCUUCAUGAGAUCCACCUCCGUGGCCAGGCCCGGGGGCUCCCCGGGUCCCUCCCAGCAGAGACGGGCGCUGUGCCAGGCUCCCUCCACCUCCUCCUGGCAGCCCUGGACGCCGGUUCCGCGGGCCGAGGGGCAGCGGGUGGUUCCGGAGGAGCUGCCGGUACCGCUGGGGGACUCGGUGUUCCUGCCGGCCGGAACCGCGCCGGGCAGGCGCCUGCGGCACAAGUCGGAACCGCAGCAUCUCAAGGAGAAGCCGUUCCCUUUCGACCUGGACGAUGAAAGCAUCCGGACCUCCGAUGUCUGAGCGGGUGCCCGG